CAGUGAGCGUGAGGAUUGAUCAGCAGGUCCCUGCUGAGCUGCUUGUAUGUAACACGGCAGCAUCCACACCAUGCUCCCUGCACCUUAACACUGUCCUCCCUUCCCCCAACCUACCUUCUACACUACUGCAUUAUAUAUUUCCCUUGCAUAAAAAAGGGGAGGGUGUAUUGGGGGGUUUAUUUUCUCACCACAGGGGUGUGUUUUUUUUUUUUUUUUCUUUUUGUUUCAUUCAUUCCAUCCAGUCUCACCGGAGCUCUGCAUCGAGACAGGACGUACGACAAGGUCCAGGAAGACGGAGAGAAAAAGCAAGUCUCUAUUGAUGGUGAGGACCAAAAGGAUCUCAGUUGGGCGUCACAAGAACGGACAGGUUUAUCCAGCAAGAGAGGGGGGGGAGAAGAAGCAGAGACAGCCAUCCCCCCUCCCUCUCCAACCCCAGCCCUCCUCCCCCCUUUUCUCUUGAGGAUUUUCCUUGCAUCUGGAUCCCAGUGGAAAGAGAGAAGAGAAGAUGACCACGGUUGGGAAAGAUGGAGGUGGAACACCGCACAUGCAGUAUGUUGGGCCAUACCGGCUUGAGAAGACACUGGGAAAGGGGCAGACAGGUUUGGUGAAACUUGGAAUACAUUGCGUCACGUGUCAAAAGGUCGCCAUCAAAAUUGUCAACCGGGAGAAGCUUAGCGAGUCUGUGUUAAUGAAGGUGGAGCGGGAGAUAGCUAUACUCAAACUUAUUGAACAUCCGCAUGUAUUAAAGCUGCAUGAUGUCUAUGAGAACAAGAAAUAUCUAUACUUGGUUCUGGAGCACGUUUCUGGUGGAGAACUUUUUGACUACCUGGUAAAGAAAGGACGACUCACCCCAAAGGAAGCACGAAAAUUCUUCCGUCAGAUCAUUUCAGCUCUGGACUUCUGUCACAGUCACUCCAUCUGUCACAGGGAUCUAAAACCUGAGAACCUACUUCUGGAUGAAAAGAACAAUAUCCGAAUAGCAGAUUUCGGGAUGGCCUCUCUGCAGGUCGGAGACAGUUUGCUGGAGACCAGUUGUGGAUCUCCACAUUAUGCCUGUCCAGAAGUGAUCAGGGGUGAAAAAUAUGAUGGCAGAAAGGCUGACAUAUGGAGCUGUGGAGUCAUCUUGUUUGCUUUACUUGUGGGCGCUCUACCAUUUGAUGAUGACAACCUAAGGCAGCUCCUGGAGAAAGUAAAACGAGGGGUCUUCCAUAUGCCACAUUUUAUUCCCCCCGACUGUCAGAACCUCCUAUGUGGAAUGAUAGAGGUGGAUCCCAUCAAGAGAUUGACGUUAGAAACCAUUCAGAAGCACAACUGGUACAUUGGGGGAAAGAAUGAACCAGAACCAGAGCAGGCAGUUCCCAGGAAGGUACAGAUGGGGUCUUUGCCGUCGUUGGAGGAUGUGGACCCUGAUGUGUUGGAAAGUAUGCACUCCCUAGGCUGCUUUAGAGACCGCAACAAAUUACUGCAGGACCUCUUGUCUGAAGAAGAGAACCAGGAGAAGAUGAUUUAUUUCUUGUUACUGGAUCGUAAGGAAAGGUAUCCCAGCCAAGAAGAUGAAGAUCUACCCCCAAGAGUAGACAUUGACCCUCCUAGAAAAAGAGUGGACUCUCCAAUGUUGACCCGUCAUGGGAAGAGAAGGCCAGAGAGAAAAUCUAUGGAGGUGCUUAGUGGAACAGAUGGUGGCUCGCCAGUACCUGCACGCAGAGCUAUUGAGAUGGCUCAGCAUGGGCAGAGGUCGCGAUCUAUAAGUGGUGCUUCUUCAGGACUUUCCACCAGCCCGAUCAGUAGUCCCAGGCCGAUAAGGAGGUUUUUUGCCCUUCCCCAGUCCCCUACCCCUUCUUCUUCACCUCAUACCCCACCAACUUCUGAACCAGCAGGGCAUAAUGAUUGCAAUCUGACUCAUCCCAAAACCCACACCUUCCCACCCAAACCCAGAACUUCAGAGAAGCCCCUUCAGACAACUCGUUCCAAUCCCCUUCCUUCUACAAAUAAUUCUAGUGUCCCAUCAAGGGCUCCAAACUCUCCUGCUGGGCAUAAUACAUGCAGAACAUCCAAUAAAUUGCCCGCAUCUGAUCUGGCCCCAAAAUCUGUGCCCCUUAUACAGGUUACCCCUCAUCCGUCACCCCGUGGCAGCCCCCUCCCUACUCCCAAGGGAACGCCUGUACACACGCCCAAGGAAAGUCCGGCGGGCACCCCUUCCCCUACCCCUCCAUCCAGCCCAAGUAUUGGUGGAAUGCCUUGGAGGACAAGACUGAAUUCAAUCAAGAACAAUUUCCUGGGGUCACCGAGAUUCCAUCGCCGCAAACUUCAAGUUCCCACAGCAGAUGAAAUGAGCAACCUGACACCGGAAUCUUCUCCAGAACUGGCCAAAAAGUCUUGGUUUGGUAACUUCCUCACCUUGGAGAAAGAGGAUCAGAUUUUUGUGGUCAUCAAGGACAAGCCUUUAAGCUCCAUUAAAGCUGACAUAGUACAAGCCUUUCUUUCGAUCCCAAGCCUCAGUCACAGCGUGAUAUCUCAAACCAGUUUCCGAGCUGAGUACAAGUCCACAGGGGGUCCAUCUGUCUUCCAGAAGCCAGUGAAGUUUCAAGUGGAUAUUACAUAUACAGAAAGUGGAGAAAAGCAGAAGGACUGUGGGAUUUACUCGGUCACAUUUACUCUGCUAUCAGGUCCCAGCAGGAGGUUUAAACGGGUUGUGGAGACAAUUCAGACUCAGCUCCUGAGUUCCCACGAGCAGCCGUCUGUACUGCAGCUUUCAGGAAUUAUCCCAAAAAGCUAACCAGCCGCCCUUCAUCUCCUCCUAUUCUUGUCUGCCUGGCCAGAAGAUGACCAUGAUCAACCCUGCGCCUGCCGUCCUCCUCGAAGCCUGCAGCAGGGACAUCUUUCUUCCUGAGAUGGGCAAUAAGGCAAGCAGGAGUUGGGUUACCAUCAAGUAGUAAUACUAUUGAAUGAAAAGUCGGAAUUUAUGAUUUUGUCAAAGGAACAUAGCAGAGAUAAAUAAAAGACAGACUUCUCUUAAUAUUACCUUAAUGAUAACUCUACUCCUGAAGACCUGCUUAGCUGCACCACUCAAGAAACCGAGAACCAUAAUGUAUUGCCUAUGGACGUGUGUAGCUCUUCAGGCCAAAAGGGGUUCUAGACUAUAUUAAGGGUUUUUAAAUGCUGAAUGUAUUUAAGGGGUUAAUUAUGUUUACACGUAGACACACACACACGCGUGCAUACAACAUACUGCUACAUCCAGAGAAGGUUAAAUAAAAUAAAAAAGGAGCUGCAUUCUCUACCAAACACCCCCCCCCCCCUCUAUAUAGGGCAGUGCCCUACUACUCAGCUCUUCAUCAUCUUGUCAGGGUGGGGAAUGAUUUCUGGGGGAUGUAAACAGGGGGGGUGGCAUGUCCUGUUGCAUAAUGUGAAAUAUGGGGGCUAUUUUUAUAAGGUUUGUAAGUUUAGGGGUCGGGUGUUAAUCCUUUGUGUUUAAAUUAUUAACUGCUAACUGCAAGACAGGCCUGCGGAUCGCCACUGCGGAUGGUAGGUGGAGGCGUGCAGAGCAAGCAGCACACAAGCAUUGCAAGCAGUGUUUACAUAUGUUCUUCUAAGUAUAUGCAUCUGCACACAGCGCUCUGCAGGGUGUCUAAGUGAUGUAGAUUUGGAUCCCUGACCAAUCCAGUGCCAGUGUCUCGCCCAGGACCCAUAUCUGUAUGCCUAAUCUUCAACCUGUGACUCUACAACCAGCCUGGAGCUGCAGGUGUCAGGGCAUAACAGGGGUUGUAGUUUCAAAACAGCUGAAGAGCCACAGGUCUGAGACCUUUAAAAUGAUGUUACCAAAUGGAAAAUCCACUACAAAAUAGUAAAUACCCAUACAGUGAAACAUCUCCAAAAGACCAUUUCAUUGAGAAGACCACCCCCUUUCCAGACUAGAUUUAGUCCGAUGUAUUUUUUUAGUCCACCAUACAUAUGCUUAGUGACCAAUGACCUUCCAAAGUCACAGUCAUCAUGGGCCGCUCAUUUCAGGAUAUGUGGAGACAAGAGAAAAGGUAAUAAAGGACACAUCUGCAUGCACUAUGGCACCAACAUGGUCAACAGCAUCUUACAGGAAGUGUGCUUACACUAGUCUCUAGAGAUGAGUGAAGUUACAGUACUUCUAUUCUGCACGGACUUCACGGCUCGGCAGUUGAUGGCUUUAGCC